AUGUCGGGGACUUUGGAUGCAGCGGGACUGGCGCUUGCCGCUACCCAGCUUUGUUUUAACCUAGCUAAUGGACUUUAUCGGCUCAUUAAUGAGAUCAAAGACGCCAGUAAAGAUGCUAAGAUAAUGCAGGACACUCUUUCGUCCCUCCAUACACGCCUCGACCAAGUCCGGGCGCUAUUUGAUGCAAAUGUACCGCAAUCACCGCUAGAGAAGGACUGCCGUGAUUCAAUUGACCAAACUCUGGAGAUCAUCAACAGAGACCUGUUAUUACUCACUGGCAAGCUCCAUAUCGAUGUCAUACUCGAGGCAAAAGGAAUCAAAAGGCUUGAAGCUUGGUAUGUUCUUCAAAGAAAGUUCCGAAGAGAUGAUAUUACGAAUAUCAAGGAACGACUGGCUGGGUCCGAGGAGAUUUUACAGUCGCACUUCUUGAUGCUGUCAAUCUACGUCGGUUACAAGACGCGAGAUGAAGUAAUCCAUUUCAAGGCCCUCUUGAGACCAAUUCUCGAAAAGUUACUCUUUUACGCGACAUUCACAGAGGAGCGUCAAAGGAACCAAGUCGCUGAGUCACGUUCUAUCAGACGACUUCAACAUGCACAUGGCGCAGGUAACAUCCUUCCUGAAGCUGAAUCCGACCAGGGUUAUCAUGAUGCAUUCAAAAGAUGGAGUGUCAAAUCUAAGGACAUGAUAAUGUCCAUUGCCGAUCUCCCGUGGCAUCAGGUAUCAAACUCGAACUACGUCCCAUCUAUUAUGAACGAGAGCCGUGAUGGUGCAAGCGCUGUACCUAGUACUAGGGACGCGGAAGAGACGGCUGGGCCAUCUCCAUCCUCAAGGCUUGGCCUGGGUCUUUCGUGUGUCGAAGAGGUACCAGACGAGCCCCCAGAAGACACGACAGAAGAAAUUCUUGAUUGGUGCAAAGAGCAAGGCUACCCUGUCAAGGCUUCCAAUUUUAGUCACGAUCGCAUCUGUGAGAUGGCUCCCAGCGCGUUGAAGGGCACCGCACCUAUCCACCAAGCUAUCAAGACAAACGACAUGGCUGUGUUGGAGAAGAUGUUAUUACACGAUUGCAACAUUGAGGUCCGCUUGGAAGAUGGUAUCCAGGACCUAACGCCCUUCCUCCUGGCAUGUUCUGAGCUAAACGCCCCUGCAGUCAAGCUUCUUCUUGCCAAGGGUGCCAAAUCUGACGCGACGGACCGUACGGGUAAGACAGGUCUUCACUUGUGCCAGAGUUCAAAAUUCGAAGGAAGACCCGUUGCAAAGCUUCUUCUCAAAGAUCCUAGGGCCAUGGCCCUGGAUGUCGAUGCUCAUGACCAGUUUGGCAUGACAGCGGCACACAUAGCCGCUCGAGUUGGAGAUGUGAGAAUGCUGGAGUACCUCUUGCUCGAUCAACAUGGCAAAAGGGUUGCCAACGCAAACGCACAGCAACAAGAUGGGUCAACGCCACUCAUGGUCGCCCUGAAAUCCAAUAUCUCCAACAAGAAACAAGUUGUUGAUGUGCUAUUGAGAUAUAGCGACUUGAGUGUCAAGAACAAGAACGGCGAAGAUGCUAAGAAAUUGGCGCCAAGGGAGAUUCGCAGGCAUCUGGACAACAAAAGGCCUCGGAGGAUAAGUGAAUCUACGACGGUUGUCUCGGGGACAUCGGUAGAAACGAGCGAGGAGUCCUGCAGUGGCUGUAAGCGGCAUUGUCCCCAAUUGAAGGACUGCAAGCUCGCUCUCGCGGAGUCGGUGUUUUCACCGGCUUGGAAAAGGCCGCUGAGAAAGUAUUCGGAUGAUCUGUCUAGCAUGGCAGUGGGGAGUAGCUCAAGCAUACGCCAGGCUUGA